AUGAAGAAAUCUGAUACAGAUUCAGAUGGGCUUGAAAUAUGGCAUAUGGAGGUGGCUGGUGGUCCAUGCAAUAUAAUUGGCAUACAUAUUUUGGCAGACAUGAAAAAAACUAUGAGAACAGACAUUUUAAAUUUGAUUGCAAUUUUACAAAACCAUUUUGAUUGUGAUAUAAAACUUGCUACAACAAUCAAAGUGUUCUGUACUCAAGUGAUUGAAUUUGCCGCUGCAACAAUUCCAUUUAGUUUUCAUG